AUGUCUGGACAAUUAAAUUCUUUUCAUAUCAUGUCUACCACAGACUUUGGUGUAUAUUCGCUAUAUAGAAUAGGAACAUUGAGAAAUUGGCCUAAUACGGUUCCACAAAGGAUCAGAAGCCAAACUUUAAUGGAACACCAUAGCAUUUUCUUUUUAUUAAGCUUAUGCAUCUUAGUAAUUGAUAAGGAUUAUAAAUUUCUUCAAAAGAAAGGUGAAAAUAUUUUAUUAAAGAUGAUUUCUCCAAUAGCCAGUCUAAUUCAAUUUAGAAGUUAUUAUGCAUUAUUGAGAGCUUAG